AGACAUAUAUAAAAAAAAAACCAUCCUUCUUUCCUUUUGUCCUGUUUUACUAGAAGAACAGAUCUCUUCGAUUUAGAGUAAGAUACAGCAACUAUGGCGGAUACCGUUGAAGAGCCUCAAUUGCACAAUGGAACGGCAUCAUCUGAGUCUCAAACCGAUCAACAUCCGACCUCGGAAUCGCUAUCCGGCGACGAUCCCAAACUUACCGACGAAAUCCCGGAAAUGAAGCCGGAGUUAACCGAUGCGAAGGUGGAGGAAGUACAAUCUGAGGCAAACGAUUUGAAGCCGGAGGAAUUACAACCAGUUGUAAUCGACGCGAAGCCGGAGGAAGUACAAACCGUGGUAAUCGACGCGAAGCCGGAGCUGACACAUGUGAAUCUGUCGCCGGAGGAGAACCAGAUCCGAUCUACGGAGGGAGAUCAGGGAACGAGCCAGCCGGUAAUGAAGAAAGAAGAUGAAGGAAACAGGACGUUUACAAUGAGAGAGCUGCUGAGCGAACUAAAAAGCGAUGAAGGAGAUGGUACUCCUCGCAGUACUGUUUCUCCCUAUAGCCGAGAGAGUGCUUCGCAAGCAGCGGAGAACAAUCCUGCAAUGGAUCUGAUUAACAGGAUCCAAGUCAACGACGAAGAAGGCCGAUCUCGCCAGCGUGUUCUUGCUUUCGCUGCCCGCAAGUAUGCUAGUUCGAUUGAAAGAAAUCCAGAUGAUCAUGAUGCUUUAUACAACUGGGCACUUAUUCUCCAGGAAAGUGCUGAUAAUGUCAGCGCAGAUUCUGUUUCACCCUCUAAGGAUGAUUUGCUCGAGGAAGCUUGUAAGAAGUACGAUGAGGCUACUCGUCUCUGCCCUACGCUCUAUGAUGCUUACUACAAUUGGGCUAUCGCAAUCUCUGAUAGAGCAAAGAUGCGUGGUCGCACCAAGGAAGCUGAAGAAUUAUGGGAACAGGCGACCAAUAACUAUGAAAAGGCUGUCCAGCUCAACUGGAACAGUUCCCAGGCUUUAAACAACUGGGGACUGGCAUUGCAGGAACUCAGCCAAAUUGUUCCUGCUAGAGAGAAGGAAAAAGUGGUUAGAACUGCAAUUAGCAAGUUUAGGGCGGCAAUCAGGUUGCAAUUUGAUUUCCAUCGAGCCAUAUACAACCUUGGAACCGUUCUGUAUGGAUUGGCGGAAGACACACUUAGAACGGGGGGUUCAGGAAACGGCAAAGACAUUCCUCCGGGUGAGUUAUACAGCCAAUCUGCCAUCUACAUCGCUGCAGCUCAUUCGUUGAAGCCAAGUUAUUCGGUUUACAGCAGCGCUUUGAGGCUCGUUCGUUCCAUGCUACCUCUACCGCAUCUUAAGGUUGGAUAUCUAACGGCACCACCCGUGGGAAACUCACUCGCUCCUCACAGUGAUUGGAAACGCACAGAGUUUGAACUCAAUCAUGAGAGGCUUCUUCAGGUACUGAAACCUGAAGCAAGGGAAAUGGGGAGAAACCUGUCUGGAAAAGCAGAGACAAUGAGCACAAACGUGGAGAAGAAGACGGUAAAAGUGAACAUAACAGAGAUAGUGUCAGUGACGACAUGUGCUGAUCUGACUCUGCCUCCUGGUGCUGGUCUCUGCAUUGAUACCGUUCAUGGCCCAGUUUACUUGGUAGCAGAUUCAUGGGAGUCGUUGGAUGGAUGGCUGGAUGCGAUACGUCUGGUGUACACGAUUUAUGCGAGAGGGAAGAGUGAUGUUUUAGCCGGUAUUAUCACCGCUUAAUCAUACACUUUCUUUCUUUUCAUACUUUGCCUCCUUUUUCGAUCAUAUAGUUCUAUCUUUGUAUUGACACUACCAUAGCCAGCCAGAUUGUUUUGAUUUUGUUUUUGCAUGAAUGCUCAUUUUAAAACAUUUUUUUUCGGAGAGGCUU